UGAUCAACCGGCCAUGUGGUGGUGGUGGCUUGCUGCAUCUCUCUACUUUUUGGUGCUUUCAUGCUCCUACGGUAACGCUGCAAAGCACUCGAAAGACUCGGGGAGAGAUGGCGCAGAAAGCCUGACACUCGUCCUCCAACACGCCAUUGGGGAUGGAGAGUUCUCAGAGAGAGGCGUGGCCAGCGUGAGGAGCCUCAAGUCGUCUACCACGGCAAUGAGUCUCUCUCAGAACCCUCUCUCUCAUGCCCAGCUGGACGAAAUCAAAUCGGCAGCAGUGUCAGGUGAGUUAUACAGACUGAGGACUCUCAGUAGACUGAAAGAAGGGCUGACUGAAGACGAGGAAAGCAAUUCUCCGGGACGUCAGUUUGUGUCCACUACCAUCAGCGCUUGUUCCCUAGUUAAAUCCCAUUUGUCGGAUUUGAUCAAAGUUACAGGCGAUGGCAGAGGAAAUGUGAUUGGGCUGACUAUAACCACCUUACCACAGCCGUAUGAAGUUGACUGUACUAAUCCAGAGGUUUUUGAGGAAAUAAUAGUGUAGAUAGUAGGGUUUUACUCAUUUUACAGGUGACCCUCCCACGAUCCUUCAAUACGACCGUAACUCUUGACAACGGGAGCCCACCACCUGCGUGAGUUACCAAUGAUGUCAUCGCGAUGUAAUGAUUGGUGCUCUGACUGUACACACAGGCCUGAUGUUCAUAACUACCUGCAGAAAGAGGAGAUGGAGGAGAGAGCUAAGAGAGAGGGGAAAGACGACAGAUCUUUCUUUCAGAAAUACUGGAUGUACAUAUUGAUAGGGGCUUUCCUACUCAUCACGUUGAAUGCAGGACAGGCAGCAGCAGGAGGGGGAGGUGGAGGGUAGGUAGUCUACAUUGUGUGAACAUUAAGUUUCAUCAAAGUCAUACGUAUCAUGGAUCACCUCAAGCAAUUAUCUGUUCCAUUUCUCAUAUAAUUCUUCAAACAUUAUAAAAUUAAUACUGAUACUGUAUGCAUGGCUUGUUUAGUAUGUAAAGCAAGUUCAGCCUUAGGAAGUUCUAGAGUGUUGAGCAGAAUUCGAUUAUGGGUGUAUUAUAGCUAAAGAGUCAAGGAGUAUAUAUGUUAUAUUUCAGCUGUGAGAGCGUCGGUUGCCCACAGGAGAGCGAGAUCUGGAACGGGAGUGCUCUCUCCUGCGGUCGCGGUCCGGGGACCUUGAAAACGACCUCCUGCGACUGUGAUGUGGCUGCUGACCCGGCCUAUCAUCUGUAGAGGAGAGAAGAGAGUAAGAUCUGACGGCAAACUAAGAGUGGCUACCUCUUCGAUAGUCGCGGUCUCGC